CCCAGAGGUCCCCCCAAUGUCGGAAGGGCGACGGGUUCACCCACACCCCCCGCUGGCGGAUCCCCCCGCCGCCUGCCCGCCCGCGCGCCAAGAAUUCCAUUCACCUCCCCCCACGCUGCCAGGAGCUCUGCCCGGCCCCCGGGUGCCGAACGACCACCAGGUUCACCCGUGUCUGCCGCCGGCGGAUGCCCCCCUCCCCCGGUGGCUAGGAGCUCCAUUCGUGCUGCCGUCGUGUGCUGCUGGGCGUCUCCCCCAAUGGUGUUACAGCAUGGGCAUUAGAGCACUCAAUGACGGACGGGGAGCUACUCUGGCGCGCAUCGUUCACCCCGGCAGUACCUAUUCUGACGCGUAUGGUAGGUGGCCAUCAUGUUCCUCACGCAAGGGCAGGUGCAACUCGGGAGGUGCCUCACUACUGCAUCUACGUCCACACGCUAUCGGCCAAUUUCACCUUCAAAUCCAUCUUCCCCCAACGCCAAAUACCCAGUAAGGCUAGGCCACAUCUCUAUCAUAUAUGAAAGCCGGUUUUGUCUGUCAUACACUUUCGUUAUGAAAAUGUGUGUAGCCUCCAAAAAAGCCCUUCACAGGCCUGAUAAAUCAAGGAUUGAUAUUAUGAGAGAAAUAGGUGCCACAAUUUCUAGUAGAAUUUCUACAUGUUCAUGAAUGAUUUUAUUGUUGCUAAUGAAUGUUGUAAUAGAUUGAGUAUACUGCAAUAGAGACAACGAAGGCAGAUGGGUUUUUGCAGACUCAGACUCAAGUUUGAUUGAUUGCUAUUUGCUACCAACAAAAAAUAGCUACACACAGGUUCUGCGUUGCCUUGCAUUCAAAGCAUUUUUUAUUUUAUUGUAAAGAAUUUGUUGUUAUUUAAACUUGAUAGGUCUUGACAAGAAAGUUCUAUUGUACUUCAUAUUUGUAUAUAUGAUCAACAUCUCUAUGUGCAGUAUGCUUGAGAAUAGCUUUAAGGCUGAGUAACAAGGUUUGAAGAAAGUUAUUUCAUUUUUAAUUUUUUUUCCUGAACAUAUAUUGUUUGAUUCGUAAUUUAGUUUACAUGGUAUUGAAAGGGAAAUGUGCCCUUGGGCCAUUUCUAAGUAUUUUGGUGAUUAAGUGUCCAACACAAGUGCUUAAGCGAUAAACUAUGCCAAAUUGUGGAUAAGGUGCAAAUCAAUAUAAAGGUAUGAUUAUAGACUUAGUACAUUGGUUUUUGUGUACUAACAUGUUUGUCUAAGUGCUAGAAUCAGAGAAAAUUCAAUUGGAAAAGCUUGGCUCGAAGCAGCCAAAAGUCUGCUCAGUCUGGGUGCACCGGACUGUCCGGUGGUGCACCGGACAGUGUCCGGUGCGCCAGGCUGGCUCUGGCGAACUGGCUGCUAUCGGGACUUCGACGGCGGUGUAAGGCUAUAAUUCACCGGACUGUCCGGUGGUGCACCGGACUGUCCGGUGAGCCAACAGUCGGCCAGGCCAACGGUCGGCCGCGUAAUCCGCGCGCGACGCGUGGCAGAGCCAACGGUCAGAAGGGGGCACCGGACUGUCCGGUGUGCACCGGACAGUGUCCGGUGCGACAACGGCUCCAAAACACCAACGGUCGGCUUCGCCAAAGAAGGAAAGAAAUCUGCACCGGACAGUGUCCGAUGGUGCAUCGGACUCUCCGGUGCGCCAGGCGACAGAAGGCAAGAAUUGCCUUCUUGAAAUGCUCUCAAUGGCUCCUAGCUGCCUUGGGGCUAUAAAAGGGACCCCUAGGCGCAUGGAGGAGUAUACCAAGCAUUCUCUAAGCAUUCCUAAGCACCAAGACUUCGAUUCCGCGCAUUUGAUUCUUUGUGAUAGCAACUAGAGCUCCAUUUGAGUUGUGAACUCGCCGGGUUGUGUUGUGAGCUCUUGUUGUGACUUGUGUGCGUGUUGGUACUCUGAUUUCGUUUCUUGUGUGCGUUGCUCAUUGAAAGGGAAAUGUGCCCUUGGGCCAUUUCUAAGUAUUUUGGUGAUUUAGUGUCCAACACAAGUGCCUAAGUGUUAAAUGGUGGACAAAGUAC